CGACAACCCAGCCAUCCCUUCUCCCUGGGCGCACUGUGGGCCGCCGUCGGACGACUUUUGCCAGGGAGGAGGCUGGGCCAGGGACUAGAAGUGAAAGAAGUUCUGGGGAGGAAUUGUUCCAGGGGGACUACUUAGCUUCCACUCCUCUCUGUGCCGCCAUCUUGCCCGAGACUGUUGAAGAGAUUUUAUUUACACCCACCAGAAUGUGGACCAAGACCAAAAACGUGUCUAAAGUGGGGUCCUGGCUCCAGGAACAAGGGACCACAAGUUAAUGAAGGAAGAGGAGGUUCCACAACCUAGAUAUCAUCAUUUCUGGGGAUACUUUUGACUGGAGACUGAAGUUUCUAACCAUAAAUUUAGGGUAUAUGUAGAAGAGACAAAGACGGAGUAUCCCAGUUGCUGGCCCUUUCUGGAAACAGAAGAAAAUGAUCAAGGCCCAGGGAUCACUGACAUUGGAGGAUGUGGUUGUGCAGUUCACCUGGGAGGAGUGGCAGCUCCUGGACCCUGCUCAGAAGGACUUGUACCUGGAGGUGAUGCUGGAGAAUUAUAGGAACCUGGUGUUACUGGGGUAUCAAGAUAGCAAGCCAGAUGCACUUUUCAAAUUGCAACAAGGAGAAGAACCAUGGACAAUAGAAGAAGAAAUCCAUAGUCAAAUCUGUCCAGAAACUAGUGAAGUUGAUGAUGACCUGCAGGGUCAUUUGGAAAAUGCAAGAAAGCAGAAGAGUAUGGAACACUACCAUAAACUUAAUGCAUUUGGAAAUAUCGUUCAUCAAAGCAACUGUAGUUUUCCUUUCAGGAAAAAUCAUAUGUUUGAGUUCUAUAUAAAAACUUUGAAAUCAAAUUUAAGUUUAGUUAACCAGAACAAAAACUGUGAAAUUAAGAACUCUGUUAAAUUCCAUGGAGAUUAUAAAUCAUUUCUGCAUGGUAGGCAUGAACAAUUUCAUUCUGAAGUUCAUUUCCCUGUAAGUGCAAAACCCAUCUGCAAUAAGUCCCAAGUCAUUAAGCAUCAGGGAUUUCACAAAAUGCAGAAAGGCCAUGUAUGCAGUGACUGUGGGAAAGUCUUCACCAAGAAGUCUCAGCUCACUGAUCAUCAAAGAGUUCACACAGGAGAGAAACCUUACAGAUGCAGUCUGUGUGGGAAAGCAUUCUCCAGAAAAUCCAGGCUCAAUGAACAUCAGAGAAUUCAUAAAAGAGAGAAAUCCUAUAUAUGCAAUGAAUGUGGAAAAGUCUUCACCAUGAAGAGCCGUCUGAUUGAACAUCAGCGAAUCCAUACUGGAGAGAAACCCUUUGUGUGCAAUGAAUGUGGAAAAGGCUUCCCUGGGAAGCGUAAUCUCAUUGUACAUCAGCGAACUCAUACUGGAGAGAAAUCCUAUGUAUGUAGUGAAUGUGGAAAAGGCUUCACUGGGAAGAGCAUGCUUAUCAUACAUCAACGAAUUCAUACUGGAGAGAAGCCCUACAUAUGCAGUGUAUGUGGGAAAGGCUUCACCACAAAGCACUAUGUUAUCAUACAUCAGAGAAAUCAUACAGGAGAGAAACCUUAUAUAUGCAGUGAAUGUGGAAAAGGCUUUACCAUGAAGAGCCGUCUGAUUGAACAUCAGCGAACUCAUACAGGAGAGAAGCCCUUUGUGUGCAAUGAGUGUGGAAAGGGCUUUCCCAGGAAGAGUAAUCUUGUUGUACAUCAGCGAAAUCAUACAGUAGAGAAAUCCUAUGUAUGUAAUGAAUGUGGAAAAGGCUUUACCGUGAAGAGCAUGCUCAUAAUACAUCAACGAACUCAUACGGGAGAGAAACCUUACAGAUGCAGUGAAUGUGGGAAAGGCUUCCCCUUGAAGAGUCGACUGAUUGUACAUCAGCGAACUCAUACUGGAGAGAAACCGUACAAAUGCAAUGAAUGUGGGAAAGGUUUCAUUGUUAAUAGUGGAUUGAUGUUACAUCAACGAACUCAUACUGGAGAGAAACCCUACAUAUGCAAUGAAUGUGGAAAAGGUUUUGCCUUUAAGAGCAAUCUUGUUGUUCAUCAGCGAACUCAUACUGGAGAGAAACCCUUUAUGUGCAGUGAAUGUGGAAAAGGCUUUACCAUGAAACGCUAUCUCAUUGUGCAUCAGCAAAUUCAUAUGGAAGAGAAAUCUCAUAUAUGCAGUGAAUGUGGAAAAGGCUUUACCAUGAAGAGUGAACUCAGUCAACAUCAACAAAUUCAUACUGGAGAGAUACCCUAUGAAUGCAAUGAAUGUGGAAAAGGCUUCACUGUGAAAAGUCGUCUAAUUGUACAUCAAAGAACUCAUACAGGAGAGAAACCCUUUAUAUGUAGCAAAUGUGGAAAAGGCUUCUCCUCAAAGAGAAAUCUCUUGGUACAUCAGCGAACUCAUAAUGGAGAGAAAUCCUAUAUAUGCGGUGAAUGUGGAAAAGGCUUUACAAUGAAGCGCUAUCUGAUAGCACAUCAGCGAACUCAUCGUGGAGAGAAACCCUAUGUGUGCAGUGAAUGUGGAAAAGGCUUCACUGUGAAGAGCAAUCUCAUUGUACAUCAGCGAACUCAUACAGGAGAAAAACCCUAUAUAUGCAGUGAAUGUGGGAAAGGCUUCACCAUGAAGCGUUAUCUUGUUGUACAUCAACGAACUCAUACUGGAGAGAAACCCUAUAUCUGCAAUGAAUGUGGAAAAGGCUUCACUGUGAAGAGCAAUCUCAUUGUACAUCAGCGAUCUCAUACGGGUGAAAAAUCUUAUGUAUGUAGUGAAUGUGGAAAAGGCUUCACUGUGAAGCGGACUCUUAUUAUACAUCAGCGAACUCAUACAGGAGAGAAAUCCUAUAUAUGCAGUGAAUGUGGAAAAGGCUUUACCACAAAGCGUACUCUCGUUAUACAUCAGCGAACUCAUACUGGAGAGAAGCCCUAUGAAUGCAAUGAUUGUGGUAAAGCCUUCAGCCAGAAGAUAUGCCUCAUACAACAUGAGAGAUGUCAUACAGGAAAAACUCCCUUUGUGUGUACUGAGUGCGGAAAGUCCUAUUCGCACAAAUAUGGUCUCAUUACCCAUCAGAGAAUUCACACAGGAGAGAAACCCUAUAAGUGCAGUGAAUGUGGGAAGGCCUUCACCACAAAGUCUGUACUUAAUGUACAUCAAAGAACCCAUACAGGAGAGAGACCAUAUGGAUGCAGUGAUUGUGAGAAAGCUUUCUCCCACUUGUCAAACCUUGUUAAACAUAAGAGAAUGCACACAAGAGAAACAUAUGAUUCAGCCAAGGUGGAAGUUCCUUUAACAGAGAGUCACAGCCUAUUACGUAUAAUUGAUACCAUGCAGAAGAAAAACCCCAUGAAUAUGGUGACUGUGGAAAUCUCUGUAGCAACUCAGACUUCAUUAAACAUAAAUGGGUUUCCAGCAGAUUGGAAUGUACUCACUAUAGGACUGCCAGUUGUCAGAUGUACACCCUCAGAAAAAUAAAAGAAUUUGCCCAGGAGAAAGACCUUUUGAAUGCAGUUGAAUGUGGUAGUGCCUUUAGUGAUCAUUACCUCACAUUUUCUAUCAACAAAAAUAUAUAGGAAAAAGCUCUGAUAAUGUUCAAUGUGAAGAAUUUGUUAAGCAAAUAUUCCAAGUCCAUUAUUUGUCUAAAAAGUGUAUAUGGAGACAAAUCCUGUAAAUGCAGACACUAGCAAAGCCUGCUAGGGGAAGAUAGGCUUUAUUAUCAGUGAUCAUCACAGAUCAGUACUGAGCUCAUAGUUGAUAGAAAUAGAAGGUAUGUGGGAAAGGCUUUACCUCGAAAUAAGAUUUCAGUGAGUGUCAGAGUUCACGCUGGAGAAAAAACUUUGAGACAACAAUGAAUAUGGGAGAAUUUCAGUGAUAAAUUCUGCCUGAUGAUUUGUCAGGAAAUCAUAUGAAAAUAAAACCAUGAUCAUCCUAAGUAUGGAACACUGUUAGCAAAAUAUCAGAAAAUUAAUGAAGGAAUUAAGUCCUAUGAAAAUGAUGAAUGUUUGUGUUUUUUUGUUACAAGUCUAACCUCAUCAUGCAUCAGAAAAUACUCCUGAUGUUCACGCUUGGACUUGGUACUUUGAAUUUUAUUCCUAGUUGCCUUGUCAGUGGUUGUAUGAUUAAAAAAAAAAAAAAUCUCUCUUCAGCACUGAUUUUUAUUUAUGCAUAAA